AUGAGUUUUGAUCAAAAUUUCAGGCUGAGCGGCUUCCAAGACAUCACCUUGAAGCCUGCUCCAAAACGCAUCGUCAUUUGCUGCGAUGGCACUUGGCAAUCGUCCGUUUCUAACGUGGACAAUGUUCCGUCAAACAUAACCCAGAUCGCACGAUACCUCCUUAGGGUUGGCAAGGAUACGAAGGGCGAGCAAUGGCAGCAGCUUGUUUACUACGAUGCCGGCAUUGGUACUGGUGUUAGCUCCAUGGAAGCCACCCGAGAAGGCAUGACGGGCUCUGGAUUUGUGGGCAAUGUCAUUGAGGCGUACAACUUCAUUGUAUUGAAUUACAAUCCCGGUGACCAGGUUUUCUGCUUCGGAUUCUCGCGUAGCGCCUAUACGGCGCGUGCUGUUGCUGGGUUAGUCACAGACAUCGGUAUUGUCAAACCGAGAGAUAUGCAGGACUUUCGGGAACUGUACCGUACCUAUCAGCACUACAAGGACAGUAACAUGUUCAGGAAGUCAAAGGCAUGGCGCGAACAAUCUCCAUACCAAUGGAAGAAACGACCUCAUGUUGCAGCACCAGAGUCAACUCGGUGGGUUGAAGCCGUUGGUGUCUUCGAUACCGUUGGAGCCCUCGGUGUCCCAGAUGUAGAAGGAUGGUUCAGUUAUAGCAUCAAUUUUCUGGCUCACAAAAUCCUUGCCGAGGAGUUUGGCUUCCGGAAUGUCGCGCUUAGCCCUUUGAAGCCCUUCGAUGCCACAAUAUGGCAUCUCUAUCCAGGUGACGGUACAGCAAAAACUCACAAGCCAGUGUCUGAGCUGAAAGAGAGACUAAACAAGCUCCGCGACACGGAUGAUACUCCUGAAGCCGAGAUUCAGGAAGCUUGGGAAAACCUCGUUGACGCUAAAAUGCACGAAGACCUCAAAGGCAGCAAUUCAAUGCUCAAGCAAGUUUGGUUCCCUGGCGUCCACAUCAAUAUUGGUGGAGGAAGUGAUGAUCUCUUCAAAGACAAACUAGGCGACUUUGAGCAAAUCUCCACCAUCACGCUCGUUUGGAUGGUAGAGCAACUCAAGAAGCACCUCGCCUUCGAACUGAACGCUCCAGCCCUCUGGAACCAAGAUCACUUCCUCCUCUUGCAACCCAUCAUCGAAAGUCUCCUCAGCGAUCACGCUAAGUACAAAAACAACUGGCUCGUCAAGAAAAUCGACAACAUGCUCGCCAAAGACAAAACUGACCCUUGGAACGACGGCAACAAGACGCGAUCCAAGGUGCUCGCGGCCGACGCUCUGCAAGGCUGGGAAACGGGACCCAUCGUCGACAGCUUCGAAGGGAUGAUGAAGAAAGCCGGCUCAAAGUACCGCACACCAGGCGAAUACCGCGACGAGAACCCCCCUCAAGGCGCAACAAGAAAAACGGAAGAGGAGAUCCAUCCCACUGUAUGGUACAGGAUUCAGCAACUAGGCAAAGAGUACCAGCCCGUAUCACUCAAGAGCUUCAAGCGCGAACAGAAGAAGAGCGCGAAUGGCGUGAGCUACGAGUGGGUGAAAGGCAACGUGCGAAUUCCGGAGUCCAAGAUCGGUGGUAUGCAGAGUAUCGAGCGGUCGUGCCUGGUAAGCCACACGGGGAAGGAGUUCAUGGGUAGCUUGGAUAAGGAGUAUGGUGUUGAUUCGUGGGAGGCGAAGGCUCUGGAUGGACCACUGGAGGCGGCGGAGUCGAGGCAGAAUCAUAGGUUCCAACCUGGUCAGGGCUUCUCAUUCUGUUAA